AUGUCAAGUUUGUUUCAGUCAUACGUCUUGUGGGUUCGCGAUAAUGCGGAGAAUGCGCUGAGUGUUGAACGUUUCACGCAGCUGGUAGUCAGGAUUGUCACAGACCCGCGCAACUUCAUUACCACAGAAUUUGCGUGGACGCUGGCCAAACUUCACUCGCUUUCGAAUAGGAUGAUCAUCUCCACGGCUGGUAGGCGUGUUGGAUUCACCGAGAAAGUAGCCAUAGUCAUCAAGACGCUGGUGGAAAUUGAGUGUCUGCUGGAACUGGGACUUCGUCGCUUCUUUGGCCAUGAGGCGGCAUGGACUGUCUUGUUGGCGCUUCAGUCCAUCAAGUGCGUUCUUAACAUGCUUGUGCAUCAGCAGCUGUUCCUUGUGCCGUGGAUAUGGGCUGCCGUGCGCCAGCGGCUGCAGCUGAUGCUGCAACAAUUCAUGAGGCUUCCAGAUUACGGCCGACGGAUAUCCUC